AUGUGGAAAAGGCUUGAUAUUGUUGUCAAAAAUUGGAUUUAUGGUACUAUUACUACUGAUUUGCUAGAAACAAUUUUGUGCAACGGGGAUACGACACAACAAGUUUGGAAUAAACUUCAGGAAAUUUUUCAAGAUAAUAAAACUACUAGGGCGGUUUAUCUGGAAAACCAAUUUAAUCAAUUGCACCUGUCAAAAUUCUCUAACAUCUCUUCUUAUUGUCGAGAAUUAAAGAACUUGAAGGAUCAACUUGCUAAUGUUGAUCAACCCGUGUCGGAGCAAAAACUCGUAAUUCGACUAGUUUCGGGGCUAGUGAAUAUAGACUUUAAUACUGUUGCUGCAAUGAUACAACAAACUACCCCGUUGCCUUCAUUUGAAACAACGAGAUCACGCUUGCUACUUGAGGAGUCCAGGCGAGCCAAUGACUCAUCAUCACAAGCAUCAUCAUUUGUGGCUCAAUAUGGCAACGCUACAAGUUCGACGGCCCCUCAACAGCAACAGGCGGCACCAGCUGGUCAGGGUGGCGGCUCCAGUGGCCGAGGUCGUGGUCGCGGCCGAGGUCGAGGCCGAGGUUCGCCACAGCAGCAACAGCAAUCUCAAUAA